CUUACAAAUCUUCCCUCGUCUUCGUAUCACUCACACAUCUGUUUGUUUACCUAUUGGCCAUAGCUGACAUAAUGCAGCCUCCCGGGUUCGGAAAGCAGACAAGUCUCCGCCAUCCCCGAUCCCGACCCCGCAGUCCGGGUCCCACGGCACCGAGCCCGAACCCGAACUUCGUCGCCCAUCAGGUAUUGUUCGGAGGGUGUACAUCGGUCGAUCUCAACUUAGUCGAACAUUCAAUUCUGAAGCAUAACAAACCAACUCCAUACGAUAUGAUGGCUGAUAUAUUGCCUGAAAGACCUCCCAAGCCUCCUCACUUUGCACAUGAACCAAAAAGUUCGGUUCUCGGACCGCCUGAACAAUCAAUCUCACGUAAGAUGCACUUCUCCGAACCAGACGCCACAAACCCCGCGAUAGCACACCGUCCACAACACUCUCAACCAGUGAUUUAGCAAUUAGACCGACUGGGUAUCGUAAAUUCGCGGGGUCGGGUUGCUGGGCAAAUGUCUUACCUUCCAGUAUCCAGCUUAUCUGCUCCAGUGCAACUCGUCCGGACGCUGACACAUGAAUGGGGGAAUGGCUUCCUCGUAUGACAAAGGAACGCUACAA